AUGGCUCAAUUAAACGCGGUGCCCGGCUCUAACAUCAAGCCGUGGCUGCGUCAAACUCCCCAAGGCUACCUCUUUAUCAACGCCAACAUUGUUGAUGUGAAGGCGGGCGCUAUCAUCGCUACCGCCUCCCUCGCGACUAGCAACGGCAAAAUCCAGUCCAUCUCUUCAUCAACUCCAAGCCCAUUGCCCACAGACCACACCGUCAUCGACUGCGAGGGCCGGUUUCUCUGUCCAGGUUUAUUCGACGCUCACGUCCACCUCUGCGCCGUCCCGGGCUUCGAAGAUCUGUCCAAGGCAUUUGGCAACCCCAACGAUGUCUCACUACUACGUCAGCCCUACGUGGCCGCGCAGAUGCUGCAUCGCGGCUUCACCAGCGUGCGCGACUGCGGCGGCGCCCAACUCGCCCUGAAGGAGGCCCUCGCCGACGGCGUCUUUCCCGGCCCGCGCCUCUUCAUCUCCGGCCAUGCGCUCUCGCAGUUUGGCGGCCACGGUGAUCUGCGCGGCCCGCACGACCAGUUCGAGUGCUGUGGGGGACACCACGGGUCGCUGGGCCGCUUGUGCAACGGCGUGCCGGAGUGUAUGGCUGCGGUGCGCACCGAGAUCCGCUGCGGUGCCGACUUUAUCAAGAUCAUGGGCUCUGGCGGCGUGUCGUCGCCCACGGACAAGCUGGAGCACCUUCAGUUCACUCCCACCGAGAUCCAGGCCAUGGUAGAGUGUGCCGACAACGCGGGCACGUUCGUGACGGCCCAUGCUUAUACCGCCAAGGCCAUCCGGCACUGCAUUGACAACGGCGUCCGGGGCAUUGAGCACGGCAACUUUGUCGACCCUCCUACGGCCAAGCUGAUGGCCGAGAAGGGUGUAUACUUGACACCCACCCUCAUCACUUACGCCCAGAUGGCGUCAGAGCAAUGGAAGGGCUAUCUCCCUCCAGAGUCCCAGGUCAAGAACACCCAGGUCUUCAAGGCCGGCCUCGAGGCUCUCAAGAUCGCUUCCGACGCGGGCGUAAACAUGUGCUACGGCACCGACCUGCUCGGCCCCCUCGGCGCCGCCCAGACGCAGGAAUUCGCCCUGCGUUCCCAGGCACUGACGCCCCUCCAAAUCCUACAGAGCGCCACCGUCAACCCGGCCAAGAUGAUGGGCUGGGAGGAUGCCAUCGGCCAGCUCAAGGAGGGCUUCUGUGCGGACGUGCUGGUCCUGGAGAAGAACCCCUUGGAGGAUGUGACCAUCUUUGAUGAGCCGGAGAAGUAUGUGCUGGGCGUCAUGAAGGAUGGGCGCGUGUACAAGAGCCGGUGGAGUGGGUUGCCCGUUGAUGCGGAUAUCCCCGUCAGGUUAAACUCCCUAUUGUAA